AUGCUCAAAAUCGCCGACAUCCUGUCCGACCUGACUUCUCUUCGCGUCGGUCAANNGGAUCCAACUGCUGCUUUGGAUCUCGUCCUGGCUCGCCCACCCAGCAGUGUUACAUCCCUAUCAACUCAACUGCAGAGAGCGCAAAACGCCACCGACUCAGACGUUGAUCUCGCACGCGCUCAGGACUUGCUUGACCUCCAUGCCAACGUCAAGCUGGCUCAUCGCGACGGUCUCGACCACGCUUUGUUGAAAGCUCGUCAACAAGUCGACAUGGUUCUGAAAACCGUCUAA